GGACUGAAACUACUUAUUUCAAAAUGGCGGACGGUGAAGACCUUCUUGGUCAAUUCUUGUUUUGAAUUGUGUUUUUCUUGAUAGCAUGGAUAGAUAAGGAGAGAAGUGAAGUCAUGGGUGCUAGUUUAACAGCCCUUCGAUUCCUCCCAAAAAACAGCAAGUCUUAUCAAGAAGCCAUAGAUAUCUGGGACUUGUACUGUAUGACCUACUACUAUAGACACUGUGGGGGUCAAAAUGUAAAGAUGUCUCCCCCUGAUCCUCUAGAGUUUGAUAAGCAAUAUCAGGAGGUCCAUGCAUGUGUGACAAAACAGGUUAUACAGCUUCUGAGAAACCUACAAAGUGAAAGCAAACAAAGUUUCUCACUGUCAAUCAAGCCAUCAACCAUUCAGCACCCAGAGGCCGGUGAGGGAGUAUUUCUAGAUGGUUCGGCUGUACCUGGGACUGUUGUAAUGUUUCACCCUGGCCUUGUGUACCUUCCUCCUUACAUACGGAAGAUGCCUAACUAUCCCUGGAUUGAUAAAGACAACACCUACCUCAUGUCAAGAUAUGAUGGUUGUAUCGUAGAUCCAAAAGGUCUGGAUACUGAUAUACAGAGGUCUGAUGGAACAAUGGUGGCCCAUCCACUAGCAGCAGGUCAUAAGGUGAACCACGCCCCACCUGGCACCAAACCAAACAUUCUACCCUUCUCUUAUGACUUUGCCAAGACCUUUCCUGAAGAGCUUCUAAGGCUGGUUCCUAAUAAAUAUUACCGUGAACCGAAUUUCCUGUUCAAGACUCCCGCAGUCCUUAGAAGUGUGGUAUACGUCACAACGGAUCACGUGCACAACCAAGAGCUUUGUGUCAAUUAUCGGUUAAAUCCAGCCAUCAAAUUGCCAGAAUGGUAUACCCCAGUGGACAGAAAAGAGGAUUCGCGCCGCUGGAAUGGCUAAA